GCUCGAUCGUAACUCAAGCUCAGACUCACGACUCACGGCUUCGUGAUUCACAUUUUACAUUUUACAGUUCACAUUUUCACGUUGGUCGUAGAUUGUAAUCAAAAAUCACGAGUGAUUGCCCGUAGCACAGCUAUAUACACGGCAAGCCUCGACGCCGAAUAGGCCGAAGCAGUUUCUGAGCGGGGAGCAGGGCUAUAUAUAAAUCAAGGUCUGUACGGUCUUGCACUCCAAGACGGCCGGCCUUUACGAUCAGCCAACAUCAAUCGUUGCGAAGCAUUAGCAAAGAAAGAAGAGUCAAGACCACAGAUCUCUCGGACCUCUGAAGAUACGAGUAAUAUAUCAUUAUUAGGGACCUAGACCGGUUUCUCCUCGCGCCGGUGCGAUAUGUCAUUGCUCCCCCUAGUCUCUCACGCGGAUGGAUGCGCCUCAUCCUUUCAGACCCAUUUGCGAGAAUCCUUUCCCGCUCUUUCAGCUCUAUACACGCAAGAUGCUCGAGUAGCAGAAGCGGCUUUGGAUAUCUUCCGAGAGACAUUGGCGAAGUUGCAGAAAGACGUGGACGACCUUGCCGAGCUGGUCUACCGUGUGGAUGCUUGGACGUCCGAAGCUCGGGGUAUGAGCGUGGGCCAAGACCCUCAGCAAGCUCUGCAACACGUAGGUGGUCUUGUUGAUAUGUAUCAAACGGAGCUGUUGAACAAGCGAGAGGCUCUGGCUGACUUUACGUGCGAGGAGAUCAACCUGUCGGAAUUCGAGAAGAGAUGGAAGGAUACGAGCGAAAUUGAGGCUGGCAAGAAGCAAACGAUGGACGAUCUGGCGGAUAUGCUGGCAUCUUUUGGGUAGCUUGCUUCUAUGAUCUUCGUUAGCAGCUGCGAAAACAGCGUUUCACACGAUACAGCAGGAUGCGCUCGGCCUGCCCACACGUAUACCUCUCUCGCUGCGCUCGCAAGUGGCUCUCGUCCAAGAGACUUGACUUUGCUAAGACCGCAACGCCAUGGCAAGUGUCGCGGUGCAGAUGUCCGAGACUCGUUGUAUUAACAACCGGACUGAAGCGUGCG